UGCAGCUAGUAAUUGCUCAGACAACCUUUUUGACGAAUAUUAUUUAUUAAAGCUGCAGUUAUUUAUUAUUUUUACUUUUUUUCUCGGUAUUUUUUUUAUCUUUCUCCAAUUAACGAUCAUACGAGCCAGAAUGCUUGGGAUGGAGGAACUUGUGAGGCAGUUUUGCAGUAUGGAUGUACAGGAAAAAACAUGGCCACCGGUCAACUCAUCUUGGAAGCCCUCCAAGGACAGUGACAUAUUUGAGACAUCACGUAUCAGUGUUGGUGGCAGCAGCAACAAAGAAUAUUCCUCUUUCUUUAAUAAUCUGGCAAAUGUCUGGAGCUCAAAUGACGACUCCGUGACCGACCCUGUGCAGAAGAACAUACUGCAGCUUAGUGAUCGCUCCAAAAGCGUUUCUGAGGCACUCCUGACAUCAAGAGAAGUAACUCUGGUACCGCCACCACCCGGAUUUGGACCACUCAAGAAGCAGCAACUGACCAACAGCGUCCAACAGCAGCAGCAGCAUCCGAGCAGGUACAAAACAGAGCUGUGUCGCACUUUUAAAGAGUUUUCUUGUUGCAAAUAUGGAGCGAAGUGUCAGUUUGCGCAUGGGAUACAUGAACUUCGCACUCCUCAGCGACAUCCAAAGUACAAGACUGAAAUUUGCAAGAAAUUCUAUCUUCAGGGUGAGUGUCCUUAUGGAUCCCGCUGUAAUUUUAUCCAUCCAACUGAAGCGGAGUUUUGGACCAAGCCCCGCUCUCUGCGCCACAGUGUCAGUUAUGCAGGCAUGUCCAACCGUUUCCGCAGUUCUCCCCCGCUGCCAGAUGUGCCCGAGACCACUACCGGCAUCUUCACUCGUGCACAUUCUGUUUCUCCACCACCAGUCCGCUCAGUUGUACCUGAAGACCUUUUCUGUAGCGACCGAUCUUUUCAACGUCUGUCAAGUGAAUUUCGCGGUAGACUUGGCUCAGAGCCUCAGCCGCGGCUAAACAGUGAGGAAUGCUGCUGCUCUUGUCGUUGUUUAAAGACUGGCAUUCCUGGAAAUAGUGACCACAUGCAACGACCACCUCGUCCUUUUGUUUCUGGGGGGUCUCCUUCCAGUUCUUCUGGCUCUUUGCCUGACCUUGAUGUGUACAGUAGCUCUGGUAGCCUGAAUGAGGACUUUGUGUUCUGGGAGCAUAACUUUGGACAGAAAUAAACUCUUAGUGAUCCCACCCUAUAUUGUAGCAGGGGGCUUCUAGAUGUUGGACAUUGCACAUAGUGGACUUUUGGGGAAAAGACUAUUUAUCUGUAAAACACAAUUUUUUGCACAGCUCACGAAUCAGUUUUCUAUUUUUGUAAAAUUAUUUUUGUAUGACCCAGCUCCGUUACUAUAUUGUGCAACUAACCUCCCUUUAAGCAAACCACAUCAGGGAGGAUGCAUUCCACAGAUGGCCUUGAACUGAGUGCAUUGUUAUUUGGACAACAGUUUACAGACUGUGUAAGGAAGCUUGAAAAGUAGUAUGUUACUUGUAUUUCUCUCACCAGUUCUUUUGUAUGCUGAUUAUGUGCUGUUCACCCUGAUUUGGAUGUGAUUGUUUAAUCAGUGUUUUCCAGGGAGCUGCACCACUAUCAUAUUUGAGCUGGAGGGGAAGGGCACAAAAAUGUAAACCCUGAAUAGAUUGGGCAAACACAUUUUUUAGUAAUGUUACUGCCCGUUGUAUACCCAUUUAUAUGUAAAUGUCAGUUAGAAAAGAAAUGUUGGGCUAUGUGAAAUGUUAGGUAUCCUAGUUUUACUUGAAAAUAGAAAAUAUGUUUUUAAAGAGAACAUAUGGUAAGCGUGUGUAUAUGUAUACACCUGUACAUGUACAUAUAUACAGUGAAAAGAUGUGCAGUCACAUACAUAUGCAUGCACAUUUACCAGUACCUCACCAGCAUGAGAACCUCACAUUCUCUUAGGUCACAGUGUAAGCCAUGCUUGAUCAGCUAUCCUACCAGUGCCAUGAUUGUGUCAGUCAUGGUUCUAAUAACAUAUGGGAGAACUGAAAACAGCCACCCCUGUAUGACCUACAGGUUCAUACAUCUCUCCUAGGAUGAUGGGGCUUGAAUGUUUUUUAGUAAACUAAAGUGAAGCUAGGUAGAGGGGGCAUUAGACAAUAAGGUAAGGGAAUUGAAUUAUUCCAGGCAAUAACUAUCUCAGAAGUGCCAGACUUGAACAAAACGGGUGUCUUCACAUAUUAGCACUUUUUGGCGGGUAUAUAAUGGUGCCUUUAUUGCACUGCUAAAACAAUGCUCUUGAAAAGCUUUGUGCACGCAGUGAGUCCUUUUCUUGGGGUUCUACUCUUUUAAGACUUGUAACCUACCUACUAUGUUCAUAAUGUUUGUGUAAUUACAACAGACUGUUGUUGGGUUGCUUUUGCCUUAAAAUUGUUGCUGUCAUUACUGUGGCUGUCUGGCAACCCGGCAGUCCCAUAUAAGUAUUUACCUCCCUUUGCUGUACUCUUCUUAUGCCCUUUAAAGUUGUCAACAGAAAGGAGACAAAGAGGGUGCAGGUUUGUUCAUACUUUUAAUGGUAUAAAACACGAGGGUUAGAAAAGAGUGGUCUAGGGUGGUAAGUUAGCAAGAAUGUAUUGUGCACACAUUGGUAGGGAAAGUGGCUUCUAAUGUGCACUGGGUUGGUAGUUAGGAUGUGGGGGGCUUUUGCAAACUGCUUGCAGCUACAGUAUUGAUGCCAUUCUGGGGUGGGAGUGUCAUUGCUAGAUAUCUUUAUUGCCAUACCAGUCAUUAUUCACACUGGCGCUUCAGUGUAGUUAGCUACUUGGUUACAGCUAGGUUAGGAGGCUGUAUGAUAUGGCGUGGGUAUGGUUCUGCUUAGACUGUUGUAGAAAGCUGUAUUUUUUUCUAGCACUAGGUAUUCCAGCACUACUUCAGAACAGAGGCCUUACCUUUUAUCAGUAUUUUCAUAUCUUUUCCUCAUGUUUAAUGUGAUUAAUGGAGACCAUAUGCAAACGUGCCUGUCAGUUAAGCUUUAGAGCCCAGGUUGUCCCUGGGAGAAAAGUCUUCCUUUCUUUGUAUGUAGCAUUGCAGAGUAUGUAAAUGAAAGUUAAUUAUUGUGUUUGCUUUGUAUUAGAUUUAAGAUGUCAGUGUUGUGUUGCAGAAGACAUUACUGGUGUAUAUCGCCAGUUCCUUAGCCUAACAUGUUUUUCUGCAGUAGAAUGUUAGAGGUGUUUGUGAAAUAUUUGAAUCACAAAUUAUCAGGGUUUUUUUUUAUUUACUGUUCAAAUACUACUUUUGAUCUCUAUGUUAAUGCCACAUGUGUAGGAUAUUGAAAAAAGUUUACUUUAAAAUUACUAUUUAUGUAACCUAUUUAUUCAGAAAACAAUUUUAUAUAUUUAUCCUAAGUAAUAUAUUUUAUCUGUCUGACAAUUUGCAAUGCAUUUUUAAUGUAAAUGUUAAAAUGAAAACUUUUGGAUAUAAUACAGUGAAAAUGAUAUAAUAAAAUGUCUCAGUUUGGUUUUUCA